AUGGAGCUGGGAGGAGUAGGAAACGACAAUGGGAGAACCCAAAAUUCAAAUUCUGUGAAAGGCGGGAACUCUGGGUCCAAUGGUGGGAGCGGCCAGAACAAAGUUGCUAAUUCUAUGGGAGGGAAGGACAAUGAUGAGGAGAGGAGGAGAGGUGAGGAUGACAAGGAUGAUGAUGAGGAUGGUGGUGAUGAGGGGGAUGAUGACAAGGGAGAUGUAGGCGAGGAGGGAGAGGGUGGGGAUGAGGAGGAAGACAUCAAUGGAUAUACCGAGUCAAGUAACAGAGAUGAUGACUCUUCGUCAGGAUCAUCGAGCAUCGAGGGAGAGGAAAUCUCUAGUGAUGCAGGCAUGCCAAAGCUUGAGGAUGUUCCUACUAUAUAG